CAACAUUGAUGGAGUGUGUGUUUUGAACCUUUAUUAGUUAUUACUAACAUCUACAAUAGCAGAGAACAAGUCUCUGCUUUACGUUUAAAAAUGGCUACAAAAUUAUUAGCAAUUAGAAAUGUUGUUCAUAAGCCACUAAAUUUUCUUAUAAGCAAAAUACCACAAUAUCAAACUACUGGAUAUAACCUUAAAAACAUUAGUACUACUUCGAUAGCUUGUUUAAAUUUUUUUAAUAAAUUACCAGCCGAGAAACUAUGGAAGUCUGUAACAUCAGUAAGUAAUGCUGGUGCUAAAAAAGGUCGUGGCAAAGGUACAGGUCGAAUUCGAAUUCGAGAUUUGAAUCGUGGUCAGGUUAUUGGUAUUGGAAAAGUUAACAUGCUUUGGCCAGGUUUGUCAGCGCCAGUAAUACGAGGAAGAGAACUGCUUAAACAACAACGCUUACCAGAUGAUCCAGAAAGAAUGGAUAAGCUGAUUAAGUUAAGAGACUCCAUGACCAAGUUCCGACGUCUAAGAUUGAGUCCAAUUGAGAGAGGAUGGUCUGGUUCACGAAUGCCAGGUAGAAGCAUUGGACCUCCAGAUCCAGUUGGAGAUGAGGAAUUUACUGGAUUUGAUACAAAAGUCCUGCAACUAAGGUCUCUUCUGAUUAUGAAAGGAAACCUGGGUCGUACAAGAAACUACCAAGCUAUGGUUGUAACUGGCAAUGGAAAAGGUCUGGCUGGAUUUGGUAUAGGAAAGGCAAAAGAAGCACCAGCAGCUCUCAGGAAAGCCAAAAACAGAGCUGGCCAUAAACUAAUGAACUUUGAGAUAUAUAAUGGACAUACAGUUUUCCAUGACUUCUUCACAGCAUUUGGUAAAACUAAAAUAUAUGUUCAAAAAAAGAAUGAGGGAUAUGGCUUGAAGUGUCAUAGAGCUAUUAAAGAAAUAUGUCAAGCCGUUGGUAUUAAGGACCUCAGAGCUAAGUUAGAAGGCUCUAAUAAUUUACAACACAUUGUUAAGGCAUUUUUUAUUGGUCUCUUGCAACAGAGAACUCAUCAGCAAUUGGCAGAAGAGAAGAAACUUCAUUUAGUUGAAUUCAGAGCUGAGAAUGAAAACUAUCCUGUUGUUGUGGCUAGCCCAUCACAAGUUAGGACUAAGGAAGAAAUACCUAAAGAUGAGACACUGGAUUUCACUCAAUAUGUCAUGAAUGACAAAGUUAUCUACAGGAGAAAAAAGUUUCCACGUUUCUAUGAAACCAUACCUAAUUACGAGAUAUAUCUUAAAAAAUAUGAAAAGUUUAGAAAUCACGAAAAAAUUCGACUAAAUCUUAAAGUCGAAUAUGGCGAAGUAAAAAGCUUUCUCACCGAUAAGUACCCAGAAGAAAAUGAAGUCAAAGAGACAUAAAUUAAAUCAAAAUUUUAGUCUAGAAUGUAUGUAGAAUAAUCAAUGUAAGAUAUUUAAAUAAACUUAUAAAACAAAA